GCGGGACAGUGACGUCACAUGGGAACGUCCAAGAGGAAGUCUAACACAUCACUGUGAACCUCUGAUGACCUCUACCGACAUAAGCUGUACUUCAGGUUUAGCAGCAUCUAGUGAUGAAUCCCUGGUCUGCUGUUUUCUCUGUUGAGCCUAAAGUCCCAGGCCAGCGCACUGCUGAGGAGAUGGUAACCAAUACUCUGAUGCUGGAGCUGGGAGCCAUGGUGAAACGUACUGAACGCAUCCGUUUAGAGAGAAUGACAGAAUGCAGACGCCGCCGACGCAACUCCUCCACCCCAGCCGACUACAGCUGGCUGGUGACCCCUCCUACCCCACAGCCUUACGAAUUGACCCCCAGUGACCUGCUGGAGCUGCACGACCUCUGUUCCAAGAUCCCUCCUGCUCAGUGUGGUCCUGUGAUUGUGAGGUUCAGGAGGCUGGUAUCACAGAUGGAGCCUGAGGUUCAUGAGGUAGUACGGCUGUUCCGCUCCGUGCUGAGUAACUGUGUGGACGAGAAGAGCGAUAGCAUCUGUGAUCAGACACAGGACGCUGAGUUACACAAGCAGCAGAGAAGCAAGAGCCUCUCUUUUGUUAAGUUUCCCACCGGUUACUUCUUCAAGAGCAGUGGUGUUAAAGGCUCCAGGGGAAAUCUGCAGCAGCAGGUGGACUGGUAUCAGGAGGAGGAGGGUGAGGAGAGGAAAGAAGAGGAAGAGGCCAUCAAGGCCAGGGUGAGGAGGGGAAGGAGCAGAAGUAUGCCUGAGAUUACCCCACUGGAGCAAAGUGCUCCAGGAUGAGAGGAAUAUGAGAUAAUCCAGAGGGCAGGUGUAAAUAAGAAUUAAAUUACACAGAAAUGGCUGAAUUUAAAAUGAGACAGAGGUCAAGAGGUCACCUUCCACCACAACUGCUACUGAUUUUUAAAUUCUAACUUCUUUUUCUUGAAUUAGCUAAAUCUCCGUCUUAACUAGGUUUAUGGUAAAGUUUGACAAAUGGUUGCCCUUUAUAUGCUUCACUGCUCAUAAACAACCACGUCUCAUGGGACAAAUAAGAGGAAACUGAGCUAAAACUAUCUCCAGCCUGUGGUUCAUGGGCCAACUGUUAGACAAUUGGGCUUGGUUUAUGGGCUCUGUGGUUUCUUUAACUUAUAUUUUUUGUUCUGAAGUUAGGGUGGGAUAAAAAAAAACACAUCAUUUGGUGGGCUUUGGGUAAUUAUAAAUUAUUGAACUUUUUGGAGGUCGAUGUUUAAAUAUGUUAAAUAACAAAAAACAAAUUAAAUGUAAAGGAAAUCCCGUUGUUUAUUGUAGUUUGACAGUGAAAAUGUUUAUAUAUAUGAUUCUUUCUGGGGUCUGUAACAUAAAAAAAAAUGAACAGCAGCAAAAAUAAAUAUUUAGUCUUUUUACAGGUUUCAUAUACUUUUUUUCUCCAUCAGAAUCCAGCGCUUUGAAGGUCAGUUCACAGUUUCCAGCACUUUUACAGUUGUAAUUGUAACACAGGUGUGUGGAGGACAAGCUUUCAUUACUGUUAUUACUAUGUGAACAUCUCUGUCGGACAGCUUUUUGAUGCCACAGAAUGCAGUUUCAUUGCAUUUCA